AAUUACCUACCGUCAAUGUGCCUUACUUGAUACUGCAGGUUAACUUGAUACAAAUAACUGGUUUUUUCGAACGCACCCAUAUUUUUUUACACAUGGUAACAUUACUGCUGGCAAGUGUCAUGGCGACAGGAGAAAAGUGUGUGCAAGAUAAAUAAUAACUAAAAACAUGGGAAGGUAUCGAAAGAAAAUUGGGUCACGGCCAUACCGUAACUACUCCAAUGAAGCGGUUGAAAAUGCAGUGGCUUCAGUGCGAAAAGGUAUGUCGAUUAGAAAAGCUGCAGAAAAAUAUAAUGUUCCACCAGCCACUGUACAGAGAAAAGUGCGUUGUAAGCAUAUGAAUAAAGUUGGAAGACCCACAGUUUUUUCAAAUGAAGAUGAAAAUAUAAUUGUAGAAGCCUUAAUUCUUUGCGGGAAAUGGGGAUUUCCUAUAACAGCCUUUGACUUGACGCUUAUUGUGAAGCAAUACCUUGACACGAAGGGAAAGACAGAACCUAGAUUUAAGAACAAUUUGCCAGGAAGAUUUUGGUUGAAAGGAUUUUUAGACCGAAACAAACAUGAAAUUUCGUACAAGUUUUGUGAAAACAUUAAAAGAGCAAGAGCUGCUGUUAAUCCUGAAAUGAUAUCUGAUUAUUUUGAUAAUCUAAUGAUUAGCUUGGAGGGAGUAAAACCAGAAGCAAUUGUGAAUUUUGAUGAAACUAACUUUACCGACGACCCUGGAAAAACAAAAGUAUUAGUAAGAAGAGGUUUCAAAAGUCCAAAAAAUAUCAUUGACGCUUCGAAAUCGAGCACAUCGGUUAUGUUUGCAGGAUCAGCAUCAGGAGCUUUAUUACCAAUAUAUGUCGUAUAUAAGGCUGAGCACCUUUACGAUUCUUGGUUGAGAGGAGGGCCAGCUAAUACAUUCUACAAUCGAACAAGAAGCGGUUGGUUUGACAGUACAACGUUUGAAGACUGGUUUUUCAAAGUGGUUGUACCUUAUUUCAGUUCGGUAGGUGAAGGUCCGAAAGCAAUACUAGGAGAUAACCUGGCAAGUCAUCUGUCUGUAAAGGUUAUACAAAAAUGUGCGGAAUCAGAUAUUCGUUUCAUAUUUCUCCCUGCAAAUAGUUCACACUUAACCCAACCGCUUGAUGUCGCUUACUUCCGUCCACUUAAAGCAAUAUGGCGAAAAACCUUAUUAGAAUGGAAGCAGAAAACCAGGGGCUGCAUUCCCAAAGAUCAGUUUCCGCGACUUUUAAAACGAUCGUUAGAUCAACUGUUGACAUCUUCAGAGAAUUUAAAGUCAGGGUUUCGUGCAGCUGGGAUUUGCCCUCUCAACAAACAAACAGUUCUGGCCAAGCUUCCCGUUGAAACUCCAGAAAAUAACAGCACAUCUAAAGAAUGGGCGAGUGCAUUCGAAAGUUUUUUAAAAGAAAGUCGUCUUAAUACAUCAGCUCCUCUUAAAGUGAGAAAGAAAAAAUUGCAAGCUUCGGCAGGUCAAAGCCUUACAGUCUCCGAUAUUACAAAUCCUUCAAAUACUCAAAAUAUUGAAGAAGUAGACGUGGGAAUUUGUGAUGCAGAAGAAGAUUAUUUAGAAGUAAACAUAGAUUCAGAUCCAUUAUUUACGCAACCGAAAACAGCACGUGAAGAAGACACGGAUACUACAGUUUCUAGCAAUUAUUCUGUACAUGAUACAUCUGAUAGUGAUAAUAUAUCUGAAUUACAAGAUUUCGAUAAUUUGAUAGAAAAAACCACAACCCAAUCAAAUAUCAUUCCUAACAUUAAAUUAAAACAACAAAGAAAACAUGUAUAUUUAGAUUCUGAAGAUCAAGAAAAUAUAUUUUUCCAGCCAAGAGUCUCUAAAUCACGAGAAAAAUCAAAAGGUGAAGAGGACAUAAUUUCGCAAUCAAAAAUAUCUAAAUCAGUACAGAAACUGUCUUCUUCCACAAAAGAUCAAAAUAAUGUAAUUACUCAGCCAGAAGUAUUUGCAUCACCACAGGAACCAUUAUCUUCCACUAAUCAAGACGACAUUAUUACGCUACCAAAAGUAUAUGAACCAGAACAGCAACCAUCUACCUCUAAAUCUAUUGAUAUAAAACGCAAACCUAAAGAUCAAAACGAUAUAACUUCGCAGCCAAAAGUAUUUAAAUCAACACAGCAACCAUCAUCCUCCAAAUCUGCUAAAAUGAAACUGAAACAAAUUUUAAGUGAAACCAAGAAUGAACAUAUAGAAACCGAACCUACUUCUGAAGUAUCUGUAAAAAUGUAUGACUUUGUAAAAAUUCACUUAAUAUAUGAUGGCUUUAAAAAUAAACCAAUGGUAAAAGAGUUCUUUGCUCAGAUAACUGAAAUAUUAAAUGAGAAUGAGUAUUCCUGUAAGUUUUUGAGAAAAAGCACAAAUAAAGGAAUUUAUGUAUUUCCCCCUGUUGAUGAUAUUAUGACUGUUGACUCUCAAAAAAUUAUAUCAGUUGUUAAGCCAGUAUUGUUGAAAAGAGGUCGUUACAGUUUCAAUGUAAAUGUAAGUAAUAUAAAGCCAAAUCUUAUUAUUAAUGAAGACUGAUUGAAAUUUUAAGACUGAAGAAUAUUGUUUAUUAGUUGUAAGUUCAAGUACUCACUUAAGUGUUGUCAAUUUGAUACAUGCAGUCAACUUGAAACGUCUCAUUUUAGAAACUGAUUUAUCUGAUUAUUUUUGUAAUGUUUAAUUAUUGUAAUGAUUAGCUUAUAAAGCUACCAAAAACGUGUAUUAUUUUUUUAGUUACUAUAGUACCCACUAUAUAUGAAAAUAUUGGAGUAUGAUUGUUAUAAGUUUUUGAGUUAUGUAAGAUUAAAUUCUUGUUUCAUUAUUUUCUCCUUAUUUUACUUUAGAAAAGUAUUUCUAUUUGUUUUCACUGCAUUGCCAAAUAAGCGAACAACGUUGAUUUAAACUGAUUGUAAUGAAUAUUAAUAAAAAUUGAGCUAUACGGAACUUGUUUCAUUUUUGGUACUUAAAAUUUAGUGCAGCUGCCCAAAAAAAAAAUUUUCAGUUGGUCAUGUAGUUUUUGAAUUUUUUUACUGUCUCAAGUAUUCAUUUAAAUUCUAUUCAUGAUACUUUCAUAUGUUUUGUGUGGUGUAUCAAUUAUGGCACUUCAUGAUGGUAACAUGAGACAGCAAAAAUAAAAAAAAUAAAAAAUCUGUGAUGUACCUAUGGGCUUGGGGAAGCAUUUUUUGGAUAAAAAAGGUACAGACUAUAUUAUAGAUGUGAAUACUGUCACUAUUCGUUGACACAGUAAAAGUUUAUAAACA